AAGAUUGGCUCUAUGGCCAGUAGAAGCUCAUCAAAGGAUUAUUGCUGCCAACGAGUUGAAAAACCGAAAAAAUCCAAAAAAUUUCGAAAGAGGUUUCUCUUUGAUGACAGCUCCAAGUCAGUCAUCCCCGAACGAACUCUCAGGGAUCGAAAGAGAAGGAAAAAACUUGAAGAUUGUCAUCCUUACAACGUCGUAGAUCCAGAGAGUGACAAUAAUGAAACAAGUGCGACAAGUGAUGAAGAAUUGGUAUUUGAGUCUUCUUUUGUGAAUGAUAGGAUUAAUGAUAUGGCAACAUCUGAGACAGACAAUGCCGUAGACAAUGAACUAGAGAAUGCCCCUUCAAGGCGCGAUCUCCGUUAUCCACAUAGCGAUGAAAAUAUUGGACUUGCGAGUGACGAUCAUGUUACUGAUGACUAUGAAAUCUCUCAGGAAGUUUUAACUGAUAAUUUAUUAAAUUCAGAAGACAGUUCUUCCGCAAACAGCGAUAACGACGAAAAUAAUGGCGUCUUUUAUGACGACUCUAGCGAGGAUUCGACGUCGGAUUCAGAGUCCACAUUGCAUUUUCAUACAAAUUCAGUUCAGGGUAACCGAACAAUAUUCCCUGCAACCCAAUUAAAAGUCGCAGAUGUUUUAUUAAUGAUAAUAAGUCUAUGCGCUGCAGCACGUCUUACUCAAGACGUUCAAAGUCAUUUGGUGGAGAUGAUGAAGAUUUGUGCUGGACCGGAUUUUGAAUUAUGGAAUGCUUCCAACCAUUAUCUGUCUCAAAUUUAUAACCCUUCACGGGAUAAGAUGACUGCUCAUUUCUUCUGCAAUGAAUGCGGAACGAUAUUAAUAUCAAGACCUUUAAAUCAUAAAAUUCCCGAUGAGAUGAUCGUAACGUGUGAAGACUGUGGACUGCAGAAAAAAAUAAACAAAAAUACUCCACACCAAUUCUUAACUAUCGAUAUGAAAUAUCAACUAAAUCUGCUUCUGAACGAACCAGAUCUACAAGAGGACAUGAUUGAAACUGUAAGGAGUUUAAGAGAGAGGCCAGAUGAUAUGAUCAAACGUGAUAUUUUUGACGGUGACCUGUAUAAAAAUAUUCAAAAACAUCAUCCUGGAACAUUAACGUUUAAUGUUAGCACUGAUGGAGCUCCACUGUCAAAAAGUGGCUCACGAAGUUUCUGGCCAAUCCAAUUGCAUGUCAACGAAAUGUCAACCAAGAACCGAUUCAGUCAUAUUCUUUUAGCUGGACUGUUUCUUACAGAUACGGAACCGAACUCUAAAUUCAUGGAUGCUUAUUUUUCUGCAUUUUUUUAAGAAACUGAACG